GAAGCAGAAAAUGAAAAAAGAAGAUGCUGGAUGAGGAGUUGGUGUUCUACAAUAAAAGUGAAAAGAACUGAGACUUGACAAGGAAAUGAUGGACGAGACUCAGAGAGGCAUGAUCACUGUUAUUCUCCUCUGUGUCACCUCAGCCAUGCUGGCAGGAGGCCAGCCUAUAGAUGUGUGUGGGAGCUGUCACGCUAACGCCACGUGUGACGACUAUCCAGACGGCUCUGGAAAAGUUUGUAACUGCAAGUACGGUUUUGUUGGAAAUGGGAGAACUAUUUGUCUAGAUAAAGAUGAGUGUCAGAUUGGAGCCCAAAAGAUCUGUGGGCAUCACACCAACUGUCACAACACUUACGGCAGCUACUUCUGUACCUGCCUGUCAGGCUACCACCCUUCUAACAACAUGGAUGUCUUCAUCCCAAAUGAUGGCACCCACUGCCAAGACACUGAUGAGUGCAUGAUCACAGGCCUGUGUGGAGAUGGAGGUCUGUGCAGAAAUCUUGAAGGCAGUUUUGAAUGCAGUUGCCAGCUGGGAUAUCAAGUCCACAAUGGACCAGAGCCCUUCAACCCUCACAAGCACAAAUCCUUCUGCAAAGAUAAAGAUGAGUGUCAGAUUGGAGCCCAAAAGAUCUGUGGGCGUCACACCAACUGUCACAACACUUACGGCAGCUACUUCUGUACCUGCCUGUCAGGCUACCACCCGUCUAACAACAUGGAUGUCUUCAUCCCAAAUGAUGGCACCCACUGCCAAGACACUGAUGAGUGCAUGAUCACAGGCCUGUGUGGAGAUGGAGGUCUGUGCAGAAAUCUUGAAGGCAGUUUUGAAUGCAGUUGCCAGCUGGGAUAUCAAGUCCACAAUGGACCAGAGCCCUUCAACCCUCACAAGCACAAAUCCUUCUGCAAAGUGGUGGAUUGUGGGAGACCAGCUGCAAUCGAGGGCAUGGUGCUGGUGUCAGUCCCACAGACCACAUACAGUAGUGUGGCCAUGUUUGCCUGUGAUGAAGGCUUUGUGUGGAAAAGAGGAGAAAACAGUUCUGUGUGUGGAGCCGAUGGACAGUGGAGACGACCAACUGCAGUCUGUGAAGAUGUUGACUGUGGCUCUCCGCCUACCCUGCCUAACUCUCACAUGUUGUGGAAUAAGAGUACAAGGAUGGGCACUGAGGUGCACUAUUGGUGCACCUCUGGAUAUCAUAAUGUUGGAAAUGGCAAUGUUUCCAUCUGUACAGCCUCUGGAGAGUGGGAGAGACCGGCUCUGCUCUGUCAAGAGAUCUUGUGUGGACUUCCUCCCAUAGUUGAAUUCACUGAGCAGGUUUUGGGCAGUAAUUCAAGCCCUGGCAGCACUGUGCUUUAUAUCUGUAAAGAGGGAUUUGAGUACAAAGGAGGACUUAAUGUAUCAGUCUGUGGAGAAAAUGGCCAGUGGACACAUCCAACUUUAUUGUGCCAAGAGAUAUUAUGUGGGGAUCCUCCUAUACUGCCUCACACUGGCCGAUUGUGGAAUGGCAGCUUGACCCCUGGCAGCAGAGUGACUUAUUUCUGUAAGACAGGAUUUUAUCACAGUCAAGGAAAUAAUAUAUCACUCUGCACGAUAAAAGGUUACUGGACAAAGCCAGAUAUCUCAUGUAAAGAAGUUGACUGUGGUGCACCCCCACCCAUUCCUCAUGCAGUCAUGCUGUGGAAUAAUGGCUCCACUGUGGGCUCUCAGAUUGUGCAUCAGUGUAACUCUGGAUAUCACAAUGUUGGAGGAGGAAGUGUCUCAGUGUGCAGAGCAAAUGGAGAAUGGGAUGCAGCCUUUCUGCUCUGUCAAGAAAUCAAUUGUCAAAGGCCUGUUUUUAAACCUCAUGCAAAAAUGCUCUGGGAUGGCACAUCAACCCUUGGCAGUGUGGUUCAUUAUCAAUGUGAGGAAGGAUAUAUCACCAGAAGCCUGAGAAACUACUCAGUAUGUGGAGAGAACGGACUGUGGGAGGAUGCUGAUAUAUGGUGUGAAGAUAUAAGCUGUGGUCCCCCACUAAACCUCCCCCAUACUAACCUCCUGUGGAAUGGCACCAGUACACCUGGCAGUGUGGUGCUUUAUGAAUGUAUGGAUGGAUUUUAUCAGAAGAGUGGAAAUAAUGUUUCAACAUGUUCAACAUCAGGAGAGUGGGAGGACGUUUCUAUAAAGUGUGAAGCUCUGUGCGGCCCAGCACCCUUCCUUGCCAAUUCAGAGGUGGUGUGGCAUAACAGAAGUGUUGUGAUCUACCGUUGUGUGAAUGGAUAUCACAGCUGGAGGGGCAGCAACGUCUCUGUGUGUAGCAGCUCUGGUGUGUGGGAGAAAGCUUCAAUGAAAUGUGUUGAAAUAAAGCCAGCUGUCAACCACCUGUUGGUCAUCAAUGAAAAGUGUGUGAAUUGGAGAGCAGAGAAGUAUGAGGAAGACACUGAGGUUUACAAGGUGACAUAUGUAGGAUCCAGAGACUAUCAGAGGUCCUUUCAUGAUAAAAGAAAGCAGUUUGUGAGAUCCAAGGCCGAUCAGCUGGAACUCUGCCUGAAGCUGCUUCCUGUCACAAACUACAGCAUCUCAAUCACUGCCAUGUCUGCAAAAUUCACAGCCUCCAUCACUACAACCACCAGCUUAACAGUGCCUCCAGCACCUGUUAUCUACUACAGAGAAUUUGAGACUCCUGUCCCUACUUUGAGGCUACAAAGGUCUCAUCACACACUGGAUCCCUUAAGUUUGUACCAGGUGUUUGUGGUUUCUGUAGAUCAGAUUAUGAGGUUUGACUGCUCCUCUCCUGCCAGCUUACACCCAUCAAGCAGAACCAAGCCUUUGCUGGAAUACAUCACUGCCCAGAUAGAGGUCAGACAUGUUGGGACAGAGUUUAACUUUACUGUAGGGAAUGGGCUCCACUAUGGAGGCUUCUUGAAUGCUCAGCUUGAAAACGGCAGGAAUUAUUACAUCCUUUUACGCGCUGUCAGUGAGUGGAAAAUGGAAAUAAAAAGCACCUGUGUCCUGUGGGCUAAAGUGAAAGGCACAUCCUAUGUUUUAAUGGUUUCCUUUUCGGCUGCUGCCGCAUUAAUAGUCACCAUUGCCUUGAUCAUUCUGGGAGUGUACGGAUUUGUCUGGUGUUUCAGGAAGACAUGACAUGACACUUUUUUGUAAUUUUGGCAAAUUGAAGCAUUGUUUUUAUGUCAUACACCUGUACAUGUUGUAAAUACAGUAAUUAUAAUAAACUUUUUUAUGAACGGGG